AUGGUGCUGCGAUUUGGGCAUGCCUAUAUGAUGAAUGCAAAGACACAGCAAAUCGUAAGUGGUCCCAUCUUCGAAGUCCUGAUGGAAGCAGAGUUGAACGAUGUCGGAUCAAUUCAGCUGCGCCCACGCCCCCAGUCAGGGGUUCGAAUGAAUACAGGUGAUGAUCUGCAAUGUAAAGAUCCAACGCUGGUGGAGGAAUUGCACCAUUUCUUUGCUGAACAAGAGCCCCUCGACAUGGUUCCUGGUGAUCCCAGCGGAUCUAUUCACCAACUUCUCGACGAACUUCAAAAAAGAAUGUCUUGGAAUGCAAAGGCAAUGCAAACAGACGAAUUCCUCAAAGCUGGUGCUGCUGUGGACAAGUACACGAUAGUCUGCUCGCCCGCUUGGUGCCUGUACACACGUCCGUCGACAACGGAGGCUCAUUCCCUGGAUGCUGAUGUUCUCGCCGACAAAUUGACCGAGGGCAAAUUGAAGUUGCCUGUGGCUGCUUUGGGGAUCACGCACAAACCCGAGGUACUCAAAGAUAGAUUGGCAUCUCUGAAAUUGAAAGGAAAAGAGCGGCAUGAUACUACUAGUAGCGGCAGCCCAUCGGCGGAGGGGGGCGACGAACCUCCAGCUAAGCCUGAGGUCGAUAAGUCAACUGACAGCUCGGUGGCUCCCGCAUUGCCCAAGCCGCUUGUGUUUCCGCUCCCUGCGUCAGAUAUCCAACAAAAGAUUUGCGAGAAGCUGCUGGUAGAGGCAUAUCCGGUCUGUUUGGCCCGAGGGCCUCCUGGUAAUGAUAAAACACACACAAUUGCCAAUGUCAUUGCGAUUUUCCUUUGGAAAAACAAACAAACAAUCCCAAAGGAGAUGAUGCAUUUAUGUAUCACUACAGUAUUUUACAUUGGCAGACUCUCAGAAUCCGAAGGAAAGCGGUGUCUUGUACAGUCCCUCAGUAACACAGCUCUGCGUGAAGUUCGGGAGAGACUACCUCCUAAGCUUCGGGUGCUCUGUGUCUCGUGUGAUGGAGAGCUGCACAAGAGCUUAGAAGCUCUUGAGCAUGCACUAUCGAGCGUUGAAGACUCCAAAUGGCAGUAUGAAGAAGAUCUUAAGCGGUUUGAGGCCGAACUGAAAUCCACACAAGAGAAGCUAUGCGAAAUUGAUGCCGACCUCCAAAAGGGAAAUGACAGCAAGAGGCGUUUCAUUGACUCAAGCAAAGGCCAGACAUUGCUGGGGAAGUUGGUUGAAACACACGGAUGGAUGGCAACUGCGGCAGUAAAAUGGGACGCCACAAAGUUGGAUGGUGUUGUAAACAGAGUACGUGAGCUUGCUGAGCGACCCAACAAGCUGAAUAAGACAAUCCUUGGGAACGGCGCACUAAAGCUGGAUACAGAGGAUGGCUGUCUUAACGAGGCUAUGGCAGUCUUGACCUUCCAGACAGAUUUGUCCACAUUCCAUGCUGAAGCUGGGGCUGAUCUUAUCAAAUUCGGUUGCCAAAAGGACGAAAUUUACUCAAAGACUGGAUUCAUCUCCCCAAAGCUGUUGGGCAGCUUGGAAUCUAUCCGAGAGCUCAUGAAAUCCGUCACAGAAACCGAGACGGCUGAUUUCCAGAUGCGUGGAGACGGUGGGUUAGGUGAACCCUGCAUAGACAUGGAAGCCAGACGCCGAGAGCUCACUGCAGAGAUACAGAAGAUCGCAUUGAAAGUGGUCGAAGUGAAGGCGUUGCUCAAUUUAAACAACCGCAUCUCAGAAGACCAGCGCAGUGAUCUUACUUCUUUUGUUGGGUUGGCCCGUGACGUCAAAUUUGGGCCUUCCUCACGAGCGGAAUGCCAGGAUCACUUCAAAGCUUGUGCCAGUUUUCUGCCGUGCUUGAUGAUGACGUCUGAACAGGUUAGCCAGUACCUGCCAGCCACAGAUCACACUUUCGAUCUUGGCAUUUUGGACGAAGCAUCUCAGUCUCGCUGUACGGCUAUUACCGGGCUUGUCCGCUGCAAUCAGUGGCUGUUUGUUGGAGAUGGAAAGCAAACUAGCCCAUGUGUAUUUGGUGGCACGACUAGUGACAAGUUCUCUGUGUUGGCUGGUAUGGCACCAGCUAUCCCUCCCAACAUUCGACGGCUGCUGCGGCCAGAUUACAGCAUUUUUGAUAUCUUCGAGGUGGCCUUUCCUAAGCAUGCCUCUUUCAACUUGCCAGAACAUUUCCGGUGCGCCCCUGAGAUCAUCAAGUGGUGCAACGAUGAGUUCUAUCAGGGCAAACUCAUUCCACUUCGGUAUCCGACAAAGAAGGAAAAGAUUGUCCCUUCACUUGUGGAUGUCCGCUUGGAGGAAGGACUCCGGGACAAGAAAACUAAAACGAACGAAGCCGAAGUGAAUGAGAUUAUUCGAAUUGUGGCACACCUUCUUCAGACCCCCCUGAUUGCUGAGCGUCGGAGGUCGAUUGGCAUUUUAUCACUUGGUGGCGAGGAGCAAUGCAGGCAACUGGACAAAAGAUUGCGUGAAAAGGUUGGCCCACACCCGACCACGUUUCAAGGCGCGGAGCGCAAUAUCAUGAGCAUGGUUUACAGCCCCGAAUCGAUCUUCCAUGGUUGUGAUUCAGACCAAUCAAAGCGCUUGAACGUUGGAAUGUCCCGGGGUACGGACUGCACUAUUCUCGUCCGCAGUGUUGACAGCCAUCACUUCCGUCCUGGAAAUCUCCGGAGUAGUCUUAUUCGAUUCUUUAACAACGCCAACACAAACCGUCCCUGUGAGAUUCGUGCAUGUCUGGCGCCAGAUGCGCCACCUUCGUCUAUUCGAAGAAAGCUCACGAACAAUUUGGCUGAAACGCUCGAGAAACGUGGGUUUGCUGUUGAGAGUAUCAAUGUCAUUUGGAAGCAUGCUUUUGUGGUGGAACACGAAAACAGUGACCAUCGCGUGGCAGUGUGUUUCGACAACAUUGGUGAGUCGCGCAAAGAAUGGGAAAGCAUGAUCUCGCGCCAACGAGUGAUUGAGCGCAUUGGAUGGACAUGCCUUCGAGUGGAUGGCCUGUCGGUUUUGAUGGACUACGAGGCGGCAAUGCAGGGAAUUCUAAAGUUCUUGGCUGAUGCUGGAGUGCACGUUGAAAUGAAAACGAUGGACACUUCUGCGCAGUCGUCUGGCCCAACAGAUAUCUCCAGCAUCUUUGAGAAAGUGAACUCGCCUGAAAGCUCCGCCUCGGCAGGCCCACCAAGCCUCAAGGCAAAGUUAGAAAUGACCGAGGAAGACCAGCUCAACAGUGGUGGCAACAAACGAUCUUUGGACUCGUCAUUGGAGAGCACCAAACGUCAGCGAAACUGA